CUGGGAGCGAAAAAUCCGGGAUCCGGCAACUUUGGGUAGCGCAUGCGCGCCCGCGGCGCUCCAUCCCAAACACACACACACAUUUUUCCCCCGGACUUGGAAAGUCACCCAAAGCCGCCCCAAGUGCAGGUGAGCGGACCUCACUGAGCGAAGGCAAAGCCCGUCUCCAGCCCACCUGCCUCUCCGGCCACCUCCGCUGCCCCCCUCCUGCAGAAGGGGUCCUGCUGUUCGCCGGGGUGCUUUGGAAUGGACUUCGGACCCCGGCGCCUUGGGACACAAAGGAUGAAGUGACGCCCUACUGCGAGAGAGGAACCUCUAGGACCUGCUGCAAGAGUUUGGGACCAAGGCGAGGAGAAUGGAUCUUGGUACAGCUGAAGGCACCCGGGGCCCCGACCCGCCCACAGGCAAGCCCGCGAUGGCGGCCAAGCGCAAGGGCGGCCUGAAACUCAACGCCAUCUGCGCCAAGCUGAGCCGCCAGGUGGUGGUGGAGAAAGGGGCAGAGGCCGGCGCCCACGCCGAGGGCAGCCCCCGGCGGCCCCAGGACAAAGAGCGCGGUGGCGCCGAGCCGGGGGCGGCCCGGGCCCCCCGCAGCGAGGAAGACAAGAGGCGGGCGGUGAUCGAGAAGUGGGUGAACGGGGAGUACAGCGAGGAGCCGGCGCCCGCGCCCGUGCUGGGGCGGGCCGCCCGCGAGGGCCUGGAGCUGCCGCCCGAGGGCGUCUACAUGGUGCAGCCGCGGGGCUGCAGCGACGAGGAGGACCACGGCGAGGAGCCCCCCAAGGACGGCGGCGCGGCGGCGGCGAAGGACGCGGACCGGGCGGCCUCCAAGGACGACGGCGGCCCCAGCGCCAAGCAGGCGUCAGGAGAGGCCUCGUCCCUGCGGGACUACGCGGCCACCACCAUGACCGAGUUCCUCGGCAUGUUCGGCUACGACGACCAGAACACGCGAGACGAGCUGGCCCGGAAGAUCAGCUUCGAGAAGCUGCGAGCGGGCCCCACGGCCGAGGCGGCCGCCUCCUGCACGCUGCCUGCCGCGGAGGACGCCCUCAGCAAGCGGGCGCGCUUCUCCAAGUACGAGGAGUACAUCCGGAAGCUGAAGGCGGGCGAGCAGCUGUCCUGGCCGGCCCACGGCGCCAAGGCGGAGGAUCGGGCGGGCAAGGAGGCGCUGGGCCCCCUGCCCGGCCUGCGGCUGCCCGGCGCCACGGCGCACCUGGAGACCAAGGCCACCAUCCUGCCGCUGCCCUCGCACGGCGGCGUCCCCAUGCAGGGCCUGGCGGCCCGCGCCUCCAAGUACGACUUCUUCAUCCAGAAGCUGAAGACGGGUGAGAACCUGCGGCCCCAGAACGGGAGCACCUACAAGAAGCCGUCCAAGUACGACCUGGAGAACGUCAAGUACCUGCACCUCUUCAAGCCCGGCGAGGGCAGCCCCGACAUGGGCGGCGCCAUCGCCUUCAAGACCGGCAAGGUGGGCCGCCCCUCCAAGUACGACGUCCGGGCCAUCCAGAAGCCCGGCCCCGCCAAGGCUCCGCCCGCCUCUAGCCUGGCGCCCGCUCCCCUGGCCAGCGUGCCCAGCGCCCCCAGCGCCGCCGGCCCGGGGCCCGAGCCGCCCGCCUCCCUGCCCUUCAGUGCCCCCGAGUACCUGAAGUCGGCCUUCUCCAAAACAGACUCCAUCACCACGGGGACCGUCUCCACCGUCAAGAACGGAUUGCCCACAGAUAAACCAGCUGUCACCGAAGAUGUAAACAUUUACCAGAAAUAUAUUGCCAGGUUCUCGGGCAGCCAGCACUGCGGCCACAUCCACUGUGCCUACCAGUACCGCGAGCACUACCACUGCCUCGACCCCGAGUGCAACUACCAGCGGUUCACGAGCAAGCAGGACGUGAUCCGGCACUACAACAUGCACAAGAAGCGGGACAACUCGCUGCAGCACGGCUUCAUGCGCUUCAGCCCGCUGGACGACUGCAGCGUCUACUACCACGGCUGCCACCUCAACGGGAAGAGCACCCACUACCACUGCAUGCAGGUGGGCUGUAACAAGGUGUACACGAGCACGUCGGACGUGAUGACGCACGAGAACUUCCACAAGAAGAACACCCAGCUCAUCAACGACGGCUUCCAGCGCUUCCGAGCCACCGAGGACUGCGGCACGGCCGACUGCCAGUUCUACGGGCAGAAGACCACCCACUUCCACUGCAGGCGCCCCGGCUGCACGUUCACCUUCAAGAACAAGUGCGACAUCGAGAAGCACAAGAGCUACCACAUCAAGGACGACGCCUACGCCAAGGACGGCUUCAAGAAGUUCUACAAGUACGAGGAGUGCAAGUACGAGGGCUGCGUGUACAGCAAGGCCACCAACCACUUCCACUGCAUCCGCGCCGGCUGCGGCUUCACCUUCACCUCCACCAGCCAGAUGACCUCGCACAAGCGCAAGCACGAGCGCCGGCACGUCCGGGCCUCGGGCGUGCUGGGGCUGCCGCCCGCGCUGCUGGGCGCCAAGGACACGGAGCACGAGGAGUCCAGCAACGACGACCUGGUGGACUUCUCUGCCCUGAGCAGCAAGAACUCCAGCCUUAGCGCCUCCCCUACCAGCCAGCAGUCCUCCGCCUCCCUGGCCGCCGCCUCAGCCGCCGCCGCCGCCGAGGCCGCGCCCAGCGCCACCACCAAGCCUCCCAACAGCAAGAUCUCGGGGCUGCUGUCCCAGGGCCUGCCGGGCUCCAUCCCCCUGGCGCUGGCCCUCUCCAACUCGGGCCUGCCCACCGCCGCGCCCUACUUCUCCACUCUCCCGGGCCGCGGGAGCGCCUCCCUGCCGGUGGGCACCCCCGGCCUCAUGGCCGCCAUGUCCUCAGGGGCGGUGGCCUCGGCGACCCCCGACACACCCACUCUGGCCGCCUCAGGAGCUGGCGGUGACUCAGCCCCCGCCGCCGCCACCACCUCUGUCUCCAUGCCCCCCGCCUCCAUCAUGGAGAGGAUCUCCGCCAGCAAGGGCCUCAUCUCGCCCAUGAUGGCCAGGCUGGCCGCGGCCGCGCUCAAGCCGUCUGCCACCUUUGAUCCAGGAAACGGGCAGCAGGCCAGUCCCGCCAGGUUUGCCCCGGCCCCGCUGAAGCAGGAGCCCGGGGAGAGCUCGGGCGCCGCAGGGCCCCUGGAGGCCUCGCAGGACCGCAGUGUGGACCUGACCGUGAAGGAGCCCAGCAAUGAAUCAAAUGGCCACGCAGUCCCGGCAAAUUCAUCUCUUUUAUCCUCACUUAUGAAUAAGAUGUCUCAGGGCAGCCCCAACCACGGCGGCCUGUUGAACAUCAAGACAGAAGCGGAGGGGAGCCCGGCCGUGGAGUCCUCGCCCUUCCCCGGCAAGGCCGCCAAGGCCCUGGUGCAGGAGAAACUGUCCGAGCCCUGGAAGGUGUACCUCCGCAGGUUCGGCACCAAGGACUUCUGCGAUGCCCAGUGUGACUUCCUGCACAAGGCCCACUUCCACUGCGUGGUGGAGGAGUGCGGCGCGCUUUUCAGCACCCUGGACGGGGCCAUCAAGCAUGCCAACUUCCACUUCCGGACGGAGGGAGGAGCCGUGAAAGGGAACUCGGAGGCGUCCUUCCCAGCCUCAGCCGCCGAGACCAAACCCUCCUUGGCCCCCACGUCCCCUCCGGCGCCUCCCAUCACCACGGCCACGGUGUCCUCCCUGGAGGGGCCGACCCCCAGCCUGGCCGUGGUGCCCUCCACCCCCACCCUGCUCGCCUGGAAGCAGCUGGCUUCCACCAUCCCGCAGAUGCCUCAGAUUCCAGCGUCCGUGCCUCACCUGCCCACUUCGCCCUUGGCAACGACCUCUCUAGAGAAUGCCAAGCCCCAGGUCAAACCCGGAUUCCUCCAGUUCCAGGAGAACGACCCUUGCCUGGCGACGGACUGCAAGUACGCCAACAAGUUCCACUUCCACUGCCUCUUCGGGAACUGCAAGUACGUCUGCAAGACCUCGGGCAAGGCCGAGUCCCACUGCCUGGACCACAUCAACCCCAACAACAACCUGGUGAACGUGCGCGACCAGUUCGCCUACUACUCCCUGCAGUGUCUCUGCCCCAACCAGCACUGCGAGUUCCGGAUGCGCGGGCACUACCACUGCCUCCGGGCCGGCUGCUACUUCGUGACCAACAUCACCACCAAGCUGCCGUGGCACAUAAAGAAGCACGAGAAGGCCGAGCGGCGGGCGGCCAAUGGGUUCAAGUACUUCACCAAGCGCGAGGAGUGCGGCCGGCUAGGCUGCAAGUACAACCAGGUGAACAGCCACUUCCACUGCAUCCGCGAGGGCUGCCAGUUCUCCUUCCUGCUCAAGCACCAGAUGACCUCCCACGCCCGGAAGCACAUGCGGCGGAUGCUGGGGAAGAACUUCGACCGGGUGCCCACCUCCCAGGGCCCCCCGAGCCUGAUGGACACGGAGACGGACGAGUACAUGGACUACACCGGCUGCAGCCCGGGCGCCGUGUCCUCUGAGUCGUCCACCAUGGACCGGAGCUGCUCCAGCACCCCCGUGGGCAACGAGAGCACCGCGGCAGGCUGCCCGGCUCCUCCUCCUCCUCCUCUUCCUCCUCCUGCUGCCGCCGGCGACCAGGCUGCCCGCGUGGCUCCACUGCCCCCCCUGACCCCGCCCUUCUCCCCGGCCGUGCUCCGGGCGCCCCUCCCCGCCCUCCCCUGCCUCUUCUCUCCACCCUGUCUCUCAUACUCUCUGCUCAGUGCCGCUCUCGGAGCCGCCCGGGGCCUGGCCCGCCCCCUCAGCAGCCCGCCCAGCUUCCCGCCCGUCACUGCCACUCCAACUCCAGUAAAAAGUGACGUCCCCCUAGUUCAGGACGCCGCAGGGAACACCAUCUCCAUGCCCACAGCCUCGGGGGCCAAGAAGCGCUUCUGGAUCAUCGAGGACAUGUCCCCUUUCGGGAAGCGGCGCAAGACGGCCUCCUCACGCAAGAUGCUGGAUGAGGGCAUGAUGCUGGAGGGCUUCCGGCGCUUCGACCUCUACGAGGACUGCAAGGACGCGGCCUGCCAGUUCUCGCUCAAGGUCACGCACUACCACUGCACGCGCGAGAACUGCGGCUACAAGUUCUGCGGGCGCACGCACAUGUACAAGCACGCGCAGCACCACGACCGCGUGGACAACCUCGUGCUGGACGACUUCAAGCGCUUCAAGGCCUCGCUCAGCUGCCACUUCGCCGACUGCCCGUUCUCGGGCACGAGCACGCACUUCCACUGCCUGCGCUGCCGCUUCCGCUGCACCGACAGCACCAAGGUCACGGCGCACCGCAAGCACCACGGCAAGCAGGACGUGAUCAGCGCGGCCGGCUUCUGCCAGUUCAGCUCGAGCGCCGACUGCGCCGUGCCGGACUGCAAGUACAAGCUCAAGUGCUCGCACUUCCACUGCACGUACCCGGGCUGCCGCCACACGGUCGUGGGCAUGUCCCAGAUGGACUCGCACAAGCGCAAGCACGAGAAGCAGGAGCGAGGCGAGCCCGGCUCCGAGGGCCCCGCGCCCGGCCCGGCCGGCGGCCUGGACAGCUCGCUGUCGCUGGGCACCGAGCCUGGGGGCUCCCUGCUCUUCCUGCAGACGGCCGCCGCCGGCCUGGGCCUGGGGCUGGGCGACGCGGGCGAACCCGCGCCGCCCGACGGCCCGGCGCCCCGCGAGGGUCCCGCCGCGUCCGCGCCGGCGGCGCUCGGCCCCAGCCCGGCAGCCGGGGAGUCGUCGCAGGAGGACGAGGAGGAGGAGCUGGAGCUGAACGAGGAGGAGGCGGAGGACGACGAGGACGACGACGAGGACGACGAUGACGAUGAGGAGGAGGACGAGGACGAUGAGGAAGAGGAGGACGACGAGGACCUGCGCACCGACUCGGAGGAGUCGCUGUCGGAGGCCGGGCCGGGCGCGCGGAGCCCGGAGCGGGCGGCCCUCGGCGCGCCCGCGGCCCCCGCGCCCCCCGAGCCCGCCGCGCCCGCCUCGCCCGCCUCGCCCUAGCCGCCUGGCCGAGCGGGGACGGCCACCCGCCCUGAGGGCUCGCCCCUUUGUUUAUUAUUAUUGUUAUUAAUUUUGUAAGAAAUGGUAUUUAUACGUCAAGCUUCCCUCUGUACAGAGCUAGAUGUUCGUUGUGGUUCCCGUGUGAGGGGUGGGGCGCUCCGGCUCCGGGCUCGGGCCCCCGCCGCCCCGCCGGUGCUUCCGGACCCCGAGUCCGUCUCAGGGCAGAGGCGGGGCCCCCUCUGGUGCUCCGGGGCCGCCCCCGCGCCCGCUGCCCGCGCAGCUCCGCGGCUGGAAGGACAGGCUGCCAAGCACACCUUCCGGCUGCAGCUCGGGGAUCUUCUUCAGGGAAAUAGAAGGUGCUCUUGUCCGGGGUGGGAGAGGGGAGCGGGGGUCCCCGAGGGCGAGGCGGGCGCAGACCCCCGGCAGCUGCCCCCGGCGACCCUCCCCGAGGCCGGACCCCGGGCCCCACCCCCACGCCAGUGGGAUUCCUCAUUGCUCAGGACGGGGACGGGCGCUGGGGGUCCCCGGGACCCCCACCCCCAACCACCAGAGGCGGGCCGGCACCUGUGGCAUCUGGCAGGGCCGGGUCACACAGCUGAGGCCCGCCCUCCUCGCCGUGGGGGUGGGCGGGGCUAAAGACGGCCGCACGGAGACACUACAGGGACCGCGGAGGAGACCUCGUGGGAGGAGCAGAGCCGGGCCCCCCCCCCCCCGCCCCGCGGUCACCCUGCCCCCACUGCAGGGCCUGCCCCGGUGUCUGCUCCCGAGGGCUGGGGAGCGGAUGGGGCGCCCCGGUCCGUGUGCCCCCCACAAACGGAAAACCGGGGCUGGGGUGCGGGCCCCACCCGGGUCUCAGCGCCCCAUGUGGUGGGAACAGGAAAGAUGCGACUGUUUGGGGCUUUACUACUCAAAGUGGAAAAAAUGCGAGAAAGUUGUACAGUAUUUUUCCCGUCAAGGUUAUUACUCUACACAGAACAAAAAGGAAGCGAAGCAGGCGGGAGGGGAGGGGGGGGCGGGGCCCGCCUGCGCCCGGGCCGAGUCCGAGGUCUGCACUAGCACUGCUGGGGGCCGCGGGGUUCCAACUCCUAACUUGAAUUUUGUAGAGGCGAGAGAAGAGGACUUUUACUGUUGAUACAAGUUUGUAGUUAAUUUAACAUUUGAGUUUUUCUCUAUUGGUUAUGCGUGUGGCUUUACAGGGCUGUUCGCCCCACCGCCCCUCCCCCACCCCGUGUUUUAUUGUUUGGGGUGCUUCCUUGUGGAUGCACCCCACCUAGACUUGGUUCCCUUUUCAAAACCUCCCCCCUCCUGGAGACGAUAAGGUCACCAAGCCCAGAGCGGCCCGCCCGACAGGCACACACACCUGGCCAGUGGCUAUGAGGGUGACAGGGACGCAGGGCGGGCAGCCCAGGGCCUCUCCUGUUCACCUUGUCUGCACUGCAGGCCACCAGCUGGUCUCAGGGACAUGUCCUCAAAGUGGACAUCUGGACCCUGAGACUCCGGCCACAGGGAGCGAGCAAGGCCCGGUCUUGGGGGAGGGCCUGUCACCCAGAGCCACAUCCCUACAGGUCUCCACGGGGAGCCCUACCCAACUAGGGGGCAGUGAUGUCCUUCCCCCUUCCCUUUCUCUUUCCUUUUUUUUUUUCUUUUCUUUUUUUUUUUCUUUUUGUUUGUCUUCUUGGCUGCCCACAGCCAGAAAGCCAGGACCAUGGGAACUGGAGGGGGAGCAGGGAGGGAGGAGGGGUCAGGCGGAGUGUACCCGGUUCGACAGGACACACCCUUUCUAAAGCAGCCCCCCGCCGGGGCCUCCUGAAUUCCGUGGGCGCCCCGCGCGGCUGCUGAGCGUUCGCCCAGACUUUGUGCCCAGCCACAGAACCCAUGAGUCUGUGGAAGGAGUUUUGUAAAGGAAAAAAAAAAACAAAAAAAACACAAAAAAACAAAAACAUUUUUCGAUGUAGCAAAAUCAAACAAAAAAAAAAAGAAAGAAAAAAAGAAGACGCCGACAGUGCGAAGUCUAGCCUUUUGUACCUUCAUGUUGCACACUAGGACUACAAGCCAUUGCUAGCUCAUUUUGAAUUUUAAUGUGUAAUUUUUGUUUUAUUUUCUUUCUGUGGGGAAAACAAUGCUUGAUCCACCAAUGCUCUUUUUAAUGUUUUAUAACUAUGUAUGUGUAUAUAUAUAAAUAUAAAAUAAUAUGUAUGCACAUGUGUGUAUAUAUCUAUAUGUAUAUACAUAUAUAGAUAGAGAGAGAUAUAUAGAGAGGUUUUGAGACGCAAAUGCAGAACGUGAGAACCGAACUGAACAGCGUGUGCUCUGAUUACUUGAAUCUGGUCUCCUCGGCACCUGGUUAUUAAGAACUGAAUAUUUUUCCACUUGAAUUUAGUGCUAUUAGAAAUUUAAUAUAUGUGUUUUAUUUAUUUGAUUUUUUUUUGCAUGACUGAUGCAAGGUUUGACAUUUUCACUCAAUAAAAACUGGAAAAAAAAACCC